UCAUUAGUCAGGGUUCUCCUUUUGCACCUCCUCCUCUCAUCCCCCCUCCCUCCCUUCCUCUGUCCCAGUCAUUUUCUCUCUGGAUUUCCCUCCACGCUCAGUUGUGGAAGCACGGAGGCAAGAGCUGCUGUGGCUCAACAUAUCUGAGCACAGCGCAGGGACCUAGUUCUGUUUAGUUGACUGUGCUUCAUAGGCUGCUGGUGGUCGGAAACUGGACAAUUUCCCUCAGUAGUUUUGGCAUUUCUGUUCUGAGAAUGAAGAAGUGAUCUUGUGUUCAACACAAUCAUGGCUGUCCAGACGGGCAUCCAGGUUUGGUUCAGCGAGAAGUUCGACACUCCCCUGCUGAGUCCCAGGAGUCCUCGCAGCCCGUUGGCACAGCGGCAUGGCCCUGGCCUCGCAGACGUCUUCCAGUAUGACCAGUGGCUGGCGGUCCGCCAUGAGGCCACGUUGGUCCCCAUGCAGGAGGAUCUGGCCAUCUGGCUCACCGGCAUGUUGGGAGAGGAGGUGAGAGCAGAGUUGUUCAUGGAGGAGCUGAAUAAUGGUGUGAAGCUCUGCCAGCUUAUUGGUGUGCUGCAGACAAAGGUCGCCCAGAGCUGCCCCACAGCGCUCAGCAAGCUCUUUCCUACCAGAAAGGUUGCUUGCAAGCGCGACGCCUCCCCAGGUUCCUUCUUUGCUCGGGACAACACUGCCAACUUCCUGGCCUGGUGUCGAUACAUCGGCGUGGACGAGACCUACCUGUUUGAGUCAGAGGGCCUCGUGCUGCACAAGGAGCCUCGGCAGGUUUGUCUCUGUCUGCUGGAGAUCGGCCGGAUCAUCUCAAAAUAUGGUGUGGAGCCUCCUGUGUUAGUGAAGCUGGAGAAGGAGAUCGAGUUGGAGGAAACUCUGCUGAUGACAGAAGAACCUCCUCCGGCUGUGAAAACCUUCAGUGUGUGCUGCCAGCAUGGGGCCCUCUACCAGGCAGAGGAGCACAGCAUGGAUGACCUGCCAUGUAACUGCUCCAACAAGGUCUCUAUAGAGUACUUGUCUGAAGGACGCUACAGACUCGGCGAUAAGACCAUCUUUAUUCGAAUGCUGCAUGGUAAACAUGUGAUGGUGCGUGUCGGUGGGGGCUGGGACACCCUGCGUGGCUUCCUGACAAAGUAUGACCCUCUGCGGGUACUGCAGUUCACCACACUGGAGCAGAAGAUCCUGGCCUUUCAGAAGGGCCCACCUGGUUUGGGUGGUCACCAUACCAACACGGCUCCACCUCCUCCUCCUCCUGAUAUGGACCCUCUUGCUGCAGUUGAUGACCUUGUCUCUUCCUCUGCCUCGUCUUCUUCCUGCUCUUCAUCAGGUUUGGCCUGUAAGCCGACAUCUGUGAUCCCUGCAGGACAGACAUGUCGCUCAUACAACCCCUCCCCAGCCUGCACUCCCACCCUGCCGAGGAAAGGUUCUGUUGCAGUACAGAGGAAAAACCUCCAGACAGCGCCCUCUUCCCCCAGGAAGCCUACCCAGCUCCACUUGCCUAUCGCCACCAAAGGCUCCUCAUCUCUGCCCUCCACACCUGUAAGCAGCUCCUGCAGACAGCCCCCCAGCCUGGGUUGUCAAGGUGGGCAGGGGCAGCGUAGAGCCAUGACUCCAUCAGCCUCCCCUGUGGGUCUAAGCCCUGUUUCCAAUCUAAAGCCCGGCCCACAUGGUCCUACCUCCCAUCCCAGGAGCCCUGUCUGCCCUGAGCCAUCCUCCAAAUGCCCAAAACCCUCCAGCCCCUGUACCUCCCCCACUGCUGCCCACAUGUCUCGCCCCAAUGCCGUAUCCGCCCCCAGAGAUGUUCGACCCCCUUCAGGCGCCAACCAGCGCUCCCGCCUCGCUCAGAGGCGCCCUGGCUCUCCUGCAUCGCGCCUCCGUCUUGAGACAGUCAGGAGGGCAAGGACCGCCGCAAGGACUUUGCCACUGCGAAAAACAGUAGUCCCAGAAUCCCCUGCGCCCUGCUCCCUGGCCGCGCCUCCAACCCCCUCUCCCAGCACGCGGACUGCAUCCCCAGCACCAGUGACGCCUACCUGCUCCAUGUCAAAGGUUAAAGACAUAAAAAACAAGGUGACAGUACAAAAUAAGGUAGCCGCUGCCAUCCCUGGGCAGGUCCCAGUGGGCAGUGCAGGCUCCUCUUCCUCUAAAGGCAAUCAGAAAGCUCCUCCCACAGCACAGAGGAUGGGGCGAAAACCGACAGCCAUAGUAAACCCCAGCUCAAAGAUGACACUAAAACCUGAACCGAAAACGACUCAAACCACAACCUCACAGAGAAACCCUACCAAAGCUGCGGAGAUAAAGUCCAGUUUUGCUAAGAAGAUCCCACAAAGUAAGGUCAGGAGUGAGGAGCCUUACUUUGAAAUGAGCAGUAAGAGAAAGCAGAAGGCGUAGUAACACUUCACCCUUUGAAGGCUUCACUAAACCACCAGCACUUGUCGGAGCUCAGACUUGACAUUAAUAUCAUCUCUAGUCGUUAGUUUUGAUCAUAUCUGUCAUUUUAUUUUAUUUUUAUAGUCUUUUAACUUUUUUAUCCAGAUGGGUCAAAGAUGUUUGAUCUCUUUAGAGAUCAGAUCUAUUUACAUGAAUUGAACUCUAAUUUGCACAAUGUUUAAGUUUGAAUCUCUAACAGGUUUUAAAUCAUAGAAUAGUUUUAUUGGAAAAUUAUUUGAAAGUACUAAUAAAGCUUAUUAGAACUAACUUAUGCAUAUAGUUGGUUUAAAAUGAGUUUUACAUCAACUUCUGCUGUUUUCUUCAGUUAGUCAUUUUACCAAAGUUGGAAAAAUGACCUAGAAAUCAUGCUUUAAUUUUAUUUAUUUUGCCUGAGAUUCCAAUUUUUACUUAUGAAAACGAUGGAAUAUACAGUCCACCCAAAAAGUAUUCAGUUCCUCAAUUUUUCCACAUUUUGUCACAACUGUAUCGCAAAAUGGAAUAAAUGAACAAUCCUCUCAGAAUUCUCUACAGUGUCCCAUGAUUACUGUUGAAGUAUUGGACAUUAUUACGAGUUUAUUGUAAAUAACUGUCCGUGCUGUUUAUACCAGAUAUUUCUAUACACUAUUUAUAAAGAUCAUAAGUUGUGAGUGUUUUUGCUGUAGGAGAGACUGGUGCUUUUCACACAAAAGAUCAACUAGGACAUUAAUGUUUGGUCACAGAUGGGUCCUCCAAGUAAACAAUGACCUUUAACCAUAUGGCAAGGUCAAUGUUUUGGAGUGACAUCACAAAGCCCAGAUCUAGGUCUUAUGAGCAGGGCGGCUAGGAACCGGACUCUCGGGGGUGUUAAAUUCUUGAGUGUAGAACCUCACCCUGUAGGUGGAUGAAUUACCCAGUUGGUGUUGCAGGAAAACCUCUCCACACCAUGAUGCUGCCACCACCAUGCUUCAAGAAAGGGGUUGGUGGAGGUUAUGCAGAGUGUCGUUUCCCCUCUAGACCUGAUACUUUGAGUCCAGCCAAAGAAGUUCUACUUUGGUUUCAUUGGACCAGAGAGUUUUCCUUCUCCUGCUGUGACGAUAGAUAAGGUCCAUCUGCCAAGUUGACCAAAAAGGCCCGAUUGGUGGAGUGUAUUAGCAAAGUUUGGUCUUCUGAGUGAUUCUGUCUCCCCAAAACAACACCGUUCCAUAAACGUACUUAUUUUUAAUCAAUUUUAGAUCAAGGCUAUAUAUAAUAUAAUAUAAAAUGUGGGAAAAAUGAACUGCUGUGAAUACUUCCUGGAUGCUCUGUAUGAAGGACCUCAUUGCUGGAGGCUGUAUCACUGCAGACUCCUUCCUGUUGUGUGCCUUCAUCAGAAAUCCCCCGUUUCUGAGCAGCUGCAGAAUGUAAUGGAGGACAGGAGGUGGUGGAUCAAACGGUUGUUUCUGUAGGAAACUUGCACAGUGUGUACAAACACCCAUGACUCUGCUUGUCAGAGAAACUACUGAUCAGAUGCCUUUUUUCUCUUCUCCUGAACAGAAAACACUAAGCACCAACAGCGGUUACAGCAGAAUCUAUUUUACAUAAAAUUGUUGUUUCUAACUUUUUGUCGUCUUAAAAAUCUAGUUUUGUAUUUGGUGAGGUUUGUGUAGAUGUUUGUAUUUUUUUUUUCUUGGCACUUUAUAUGAAACAUGUACGUCAAAUGUUGAAUGUUGAUUCUGUUUUUGUCCGUUUAAUAAAUGGAUGUUUGGUUUUAA